UACAGCUGUUGCUGGCUAAUUUUUGUUAUUUACCUAUUUUAUAUUCACCUGUUGCUAUUAAUUGCUCAAAAUUUUAAGUGAUAACAUAUACAUAAAUUAACACAGAAAUGCUGCGUCAUUUGAAUUUUUUAUUAAAUAAACCCUAUUGCCUUAACAAACUGCCUGUGGCUAAUAUGUGCUCCGUGAUGUCCACUGCCAGCAAUAAAUACUGUCAAAUUAACGAAUAUAAUGGUGUACGUGAAAUUGUUCUUAAUGAUGCCAAAACACGUAAUUCCUUAUCACUAACGAUGAUGGAUGAGAUAUUAACGGCUUUAACGAAGUCAUGGCAUGAUACCAAUUUACGUUGCAUAGUUUUGUCUUCCACUGGUCCCGUAUGGUCGGCCGGUCAUGAUUUAAAGGAAUUGGCUCCCGAAUGUGGUGCUCAACAGCAUACUGCGGUUUUUGAAAAACUCAUAGAUAUUGCAAAUAACAUACGCAAAGCUCCGGUGCCCGUUAUAGCUAAGGUUAAUGGCAUUGUGGCUGCGGGCGGUGUUCAAUUGGUGGCCUCUUGUGAUAUGGUGGUGUGUUCGGCGAAAAGUUCAUUUAUAACGCCCAGUGCUAAUUUUGGUGUAUUUGCCUCCACACCCGCCGUCGCCAUGUCACGCAUAAUGUCACACUCCAAAUGUUUAGACAUGUUAAUGACUGGUCAUCCCAUAACUGCCGAAGAUGCCUACAAACAGGGUUUAGCCAACCGUGUAGUACCUGAAGAUGAGCUAAAUAAUGAAAUGAACAAAAUAGUAACAGCAAUACAAAAUAAAAGUCGUUCGGUGUUGGCUUUAGGUAAAGAGUUUUUCUACAGUCAAUUGGAGUUGUCCAUGCAAGAGGCCUACAAGCAAGGUACAAAGAAAAUGACUGAAAAUCUUCAACUUAAAGAUUCACAAGAAGGUAUACGCGGUUUUAUGGAAAAACGUAAACCAGUAUGGUCUCAUUUGUAAACAAAAAGAAGACAAUUUCAAAUGAAGGCUUUAUAAUUUAUAAACGUCUUUUACUCAAACAUACUCUUUUUAAAUCUUUUACCUCCUCCUCUAGUAGCCAUAAAAAUUUAACUAAAAGUUAGCAUUAACUAGAGGUCUUAAUUUAAAAAUUAUGAAUUAAAAAUUAAACCCAAAUAAUUUUGACUUGGUGGCAGCAAAAAUAAUGCGACAUAUUUCUGUCAAAAUGUUCAAUAUUAAGACCUAAAUUAGUGCUAAUAUUAUGUUAAGUUUUUGUUGUUAAUGGACCUUAAAGUCAUAUCCUAAAAUUAAAGUAAAUAAUGAUAUAUUUUAAUUUAAACGUAUUCGAGUUUAUAUUAUAAUUAAAACCUGUUUAAAAUACAUAUACCUAUAUUUAUAUUCAUAUAUUACUUAUUUAACUGGUUAUGGUUGUAUUGCAUUUAUAUUUUUAAUUAAAUAAAUUAUUAAGCAUAA